AAAAUCACGUACCCUUCUCUCCCAAUGGUCCCACCAUGCCUUCUACAAGGUGGAUAGGAUCCUUCACUGGAACCCAAAACAGAGUCACCUUCGAUAACCCCCGCAAUAGUGAGUACAGCGCCCCAGUUCCCAACUCCUUCGAAUGCUAUGCCUGCAGCCAGGGGGUUGUUCCGGUGUUCCAUUCCACCAGCUGCGACGGCACCCACCAACCCAAAUGGGAGGCAUUUGCUGGAUCAUCAUUAGUGCCAAUCCCAGCCCGAACCAAGAGCUGGAACCGAUCCCGGCGCCUUCCCUGUGGUCCAUUUGGGCGGCUCCUGGACCCGCGCAGCCUUCUGGUGAAGAGGUGGAACAGAGCUGUCGUAAUCGCGCGCGGCCUCUCCCUGGUAAUUGAUCCACUAUUCUUCUACGCGCUGACGCUGAACGUCGGAGACGACGGCGCCGCCGCAUGUGUGACGUGGGAGAGAAGGUUGGGGGCCAUCCUGACAGUUGUUCGCACUUGUGUUGACGCGUUUCACGUUUGCCACCUGUGGCUCCAGUUCAGCCUGCCGUACGUGUCGAGGGAGUCAUUGGUUGUGGGGUGCGGGAGACUCGUGUGGGAUGCACGUGCGAUUGCCCUUCACUAUGUUCGCUCCUUCAAAGGAUUUUGGUUGGAUCUUUUUGUCAUGUUGCCAAUUCCCCAGAUGGUAUUGUGGUUGCUGGUACCCAAAUUGCUUGGAGAAGAGCGGAUUAAGCUGAAAAUACUUCUCUGGAUAUUUCUGUUCCAAUACCUCCCUAAGUUUUACCAUAGCAUUUAUUUGAUGAGGCUAAUGCGAAAAGUUACUGGUUUCGUCUUUGGUUCCAUCUGGUGGGGUUUUAGCAUUAAUCUCGUUGCUUAUUUAAUUGCUUCCCAUGUCAUUGGAGGAUGUUGGUAUCUUCUAUCCAUUGAUGGUGUUGUUUCAUGCCUCCAACAACAAUGUGAAAGAAAGCGCAAUUGUGAUCUGUCAUGUGGGGGGAACUCAUCAACAAUUAUAAACUCAACAAUGUGCUUGGAUCGUGAAGGACCUUUACAAUUUAAGUUAUAUGUAAACGCGCUUCCUAUCCUUUCUACCGGCAAUUCACUAGCUGUUCGGGUCCUUUAUCCCGUGUACUGGGGCCUAAUUAACCUAAAUACUUGGGGCAAUGUGCUUAUUCCUUCAAGUGACUUGAUAGAAGUAAUAUUCAGUAUAUUCAUUGUUGUCUGCGGUCUGUUGCUGUUCACUAUUUUGUGCGGAAAUAUUCAGUUAUUUUUGGAAGUAGUCUUGAAAAACAAGGAAAAAAUGGAGUUGAGACAUCAAGAUAUUGAAUGGUGGAUGCGGAGGAGGCAGUUGCCAUCAAAAUUAAAACAGAGAGUACGCCAUUUUGAACACCAAAAAUGGGAAACAAUGGGGGAAGAAGAAGAGCUGAAAUGGAUUGAUGAACUGCCUGAUGGACUGCGUCGGGACAUCAAGCGUUAUCUCUGCCUAGAUCUAAUUAAAAAGGUACCUCUCUUCCUUACAUUGGAUGAUCUUAUCCUUGACAACAUAUGUGAUCGCUUAAAGCCCUUAAUUUUCUCCAAAGGUGAAAAGUUGAUCCAGGAAGGGGAUCCAGUGCAAAGGAUGAUGUUCAUAGUACGGGGACGCGUCAAACGUUGCCAAGGCCUCGGCAAAGGCAGGAUAGGCGCUAGUGGACUGGAACCUGGCAGCUUCUUAGGCGAUGAACUCCUUUCCUGGUGCCUUCGCAGCCCAUUUACUUACCGCCUUCCAGCUUCAUCUGCAACAUUUACCUGUACUGAACUCACAGAGGCAUUUGGUCUUGAUUCUGAUGAUCUUCUGUACAUCACCAGUCACUUCAAGUACAAAUUUGCGAGCAGGACACUGAAGAGAACAACAAGAUACUACUCAUCCAAUUGGCGAACAUGGGCAGCGGUGAUCAUACAACUUGCCUGGCGCAAGUACUGGAUAAGGACUAGAGGGCCAUUGGUUCCAAGCAGAAGUAACGGUGGCACUGAGGGUAGGCUCAGGAGGUAUGCUGUAAUGUUCAUGUCACUGCGGCCUCACGAUCACCUUCAGUAAGAUGCAAAAUGGAAAAUGCUUCAGUAUAUAUAGUUGGUGACAUUCAAAAUUAAUUUGCAAUAAGGUCUAGGUUUCUCUGAAACUAAACUAUUACCCAUGGAAGAUACUGGAAUUGGGGAAUUGAAUAUACCAAACAACACAGUUUGAAAAAGUUAAAUAUUUUGAGAACUUUGCUGUGCCAGAGAAUGUAAUUCAAGUAUUUUUUUUUUUCUUGGGGAAUUACAUUGAAAAUUAGCUUGCUUAGUUUGGAUUUAAGCCCUUUAACCUUAGUCUUUGUAAAACUUCCUUUCCCUCCCAAAAUUCUCUUGUAAAAAAAUAAAACUAAAACAAAAGU